GUACAACACACAUUCACAUUUGCAUAUAUCGUCACGUGCGAAGAUCCGUCCCACGUGCGCGUUAUCAUCAUACAGGUUGAGUGUUAUCAGAGAUAAGUUUAGAUAGAGUGUAAAUCAGUGUCUUCAGGAGAAGUUCAAGUACAUUAAGUUGAUAUAUACGGGUGGACCUGUACCCAGAGGUAUCGCUGGCUGUGUAGAACUGUCGGGACGAAUAUUGUCGGGUCACCGCAAAAGAAAAAUGGCGCUAAUUGAGUCGUUCCUCUGGCUUCCUUUAACAAUGCUUGGACAAUUUGCCAAAGUGAUAGAAGUCUUCCUAUUUCUGAUGAUAGAUUUUUACGACUUGUAUGUAUACACGCCGUUACAAAGAGGCCUCUCUCCCGUGGUGGCCACAAUUCCCCGCUCCUUGACCAUCAACGGACACACCUACGAUGUUUUCACGGCCAACAUAAUAUCAUGGUCGCGUACUCUGCUGGUCAUCCCUAUAGCUGUUAGCCUCAAGUAUGAGUACCCUAUUACGGGAUUUCUGCUGGUGGUACUUCACGACUUCCUGGACCACGUGGACGGGAUUGUCGCGAAACAGCACAGGAAAAUGUUCGGACAAAUUGAUGACCCUUUGCUGGGAGGCUUCAUGGACGCCUUUUGCGACAAGAUUGUCAAUGUCCUGUGUCUCUGGUCGAUCCUGAUGGUAACCGAUUUUGCCCCGAUGACUAUCCAAGAGACAUUGUUGUUACUUUCCUCGUGUAUUCUCAUCAUGGGAUACGAGUUCGUCAUAGGGGUUGUACGAGUACAAGACUACUUCAGGGCCUUCUAUCAAAGAGAAUAUAGAAUACAUACAACCUCAGACAACACAGGGAACACAGCGGCUGUCAUGGAAGGAAAACUGAAGGAAAAACUUGAGUCUAUGGGAAUAGCAUUUCUCUGCCUAUCUCAGGGCUCCAGCAACACCACGACUUGUAUCCCUGGCAUUUUUGGCAUCACGUGUCUACUUCUGUCCGUCCGACUCGCGCAUGCGUCGUUAUGUCAUAAACUGAAUGCCAGGAAAAAUACUAAGACGAAGAUAGAGGAGCCAGGCUCUACAGUUCAGACGAAUGAGAAAAAGCGACAACGGAAAACGUCAACAUCUAACGACAAUGAAAGAAGAACAGACGAAGAGGAACGUAGAAAACCCGGAGAAGACACAGUUCCUCCUCUCCCAGGAAAACCAACGGCUGUUAAAUUCGACAGAACUAUCUCCUAUGAAGAGACCGGUGAUAACAGUUUCCCUUCGUAUGAAGAGAUGCUGGAGACUGACCCUCAUUUGAAGGACGUUAUGCAUCGUCUGGUCAGACAGAACUCGGUUCCCUCUAUAGGACUGGAUGGACGAGUAGACAAGGUGUUCUCGAUCGGAUGUUUCGACCUUUUCCAUGACGGUCACCGCCGUUUGCUGCACCGGUUAAAAGCCAUCGGAAAACACGUGAUAGUAGGAGUUCACGACAGCAGGAGUAUUUUCAAACUGAAGAAGCGAGUCCCAAUCGAUAGUACAGAGAGGCGGAUGUUUAACGUGAAACAGAUAGCCGACGUGGUGUACUGUAUCGCCGGGACAGAUCCCACACCUUUCCUAUCCUGUAUCGUCAACACGAACGACCGCUGUUCCCGUGUCUACGUCAGAGGUGACGACAUGCAGUCAUUCCCCGCACGCGAGUUUUGUGAGAAGCUGAUGCCCGUAACAUUCCUUCCGUAUUCUUCAGGAGUGUCCUCUACAAAGCUUCGCAAGCAACAACAUGACUCGUCGAAAUUCGGGCCACACGUCAAAGCAGACCACGACGAUAUUUUAUAUUGAUAUAAAUACUGUCAAAGUGUUUCUUUCCACAGUCCUAAAUAUUAUGGAGUGUCCCAGGCAGAACUAAUAUGUGCAGGCAUAUGUUUAUGAACUAUCUGUACGUGCAGGUAUAUGUUUAUGAACUAUCUGUACGUGCAGAUAUGUGUAUUAAUUAUCUGUAUAUGCAUGUAUAUGUUUAUGCAUUAUCUAUGUGCAGGUAUACGGUAAUGAACUAAAUGUAUCUAUGUGCAGGUAUAUGUUCAUGAACUACAUGUAUAUAUGUGCAGGUAUACUA